UCUAAUAUAAAGGAGCGUGCGAGUGUAAGAAGAGUAGUGUCGCGUACAUAGGUUGAAGCGCAUUGUCCCGAGAUGAACGUCAUCCUGAUUCCAUUCUUCCUAGCGGCCGACGUAGUCGUCAACAACACGUCGGAAUGGACGUACGGACCGGAAUACUUGUACGACGUAGACAUGUCUUUUGUUCUAACACCGGAUCGCCACGGACCUGUUCAAAAUGUUCGAAGAAUUAAUACACUAAGCUGUCGCCCGAAAACGCCGGACCAUCUGUUCUGCCAUUUCAACAACGGAACGGAAAUGGCAUCUGUCAAAAAUCAGCACAUGAGUAAAGAAUCAGAAAUGGAAGAAAAGUUCGAGAUCAAGUUUAACGAGCGCGGUGUGGAAGGCGUGAUCGUCGAGCCGAACACUCACGAGGAAAUGGUGAACGUUAUCCGGAAGAUUGCCACGCAGUUUAACGUGGCUGUUGAUCGGAGCAAAAUUGACAUGUCGCACUUUACGGUGAGAGAGGACUCGUCGAUGGGCAACUGCUCGACCAUGUACAGUGUCACACGCGGAAAAGCCGAGACGGAAAGGGGAGGAGAUUUUCGGCUCGCGAUUUUGCCGUUGACCGACGCGAAGAAACGUGGGACGACUCUUUCGAUCGAGAAAUCUCGGACGGAAUGUAUUAAUCCACCGCAACACGUCGGUUUCACAAAGGCAAAGUUAGAGAUGGUGAAAUUUCUCAGCAAAAUACAGAUCGAGCCAAAUAAAUUCGAAACCUCUAGUGAAUUUGAUGGAAAAGUACAAUACGUCACAUCCGAAAAUGCUGGAGAAGUGUCAAUGAACGAACGACUACACAUUAAUUUAAACAGCAUUAAACCUGCGCAAAACAAACUUCCGACGCUUUCUCACGGCGAACUGACCGAUUUGAAUACCAACCAUAAGACACCAAGCAAUACAGCAAAUUAAAACGACAAUAUAUCUAUAUUAUACAGUAAACGUUACAUUAUGUUGUACGCAGGCUAUAAUUUGCUGCCAUAAAUGUCUCAUCAAAUUAAAAUUACACAAACAUAGAGUUAAAUAAAGUAUCUCUCGAAAUA